CAAUUGAGGCAGGAAGUGAGAGGAGGAAUGGCCUUGGGAGGCAUUGAGGCUGUAGAUUGUACAGACCUGAGUUACACAUUCAGAGAUCCGGAUGGCUGCAGGGUGCCAGCCAGGUAGGAAGGCUAGUGCAACAGCUCCGUUGGGACGUGGUGUUCAGACGGCGCUCAGAAGGCUCUGACCAUUCUGGAAAUGACAUGUUCUUGGCUGUGCCUCUUGUUCUGUGCAAUGAAAAUCAGAGAAGCAGAGUCUUUCAAGGAACAAGGAAAUGCUUAUUAUGCCAAGAAAGAUUACAAUGAAGCGUACAACUACUACACAAAAGCCAUAGACGCAUGUCCUAACAAUGCCAGUUAUUAUGGUAACAGAGCAGCCACCCUAAUGAUGUUGGGGAAGUUCCGGGAAGCACUGGGAGAUGCCCAGCAGUCAGUGCGAUUGGAUGAUACCUUUGUAAGGGGCCAUGUACGGGAAGGGAAGUGUCACCUCUCUCUCGGGAAUGCCAUGGCUGCCAGCCGCUGCUUCCAGCGAGUUCUAGAACUGGAUCACACGAACCCUCAGGCACACCAGGAGCUGAAGAAUGCGAGCACUGUGCUGGAAUACGAGAGAAUAGCUGAAAUUGAUUUUGAGAAACGGGAUUUCAGGAAGGUCGUGUUCUGCAUGGACCGUGCUUUGGAGUUCGCUCCUGCCUGUCAUCGGUUCAAAAUCCUCAAGGCCGAAUGUUUGGCGCUGCUGGGUCGCUAUCCAGAAGCACAGUCUGUAGCUAGCGACAUCUUACGGAUGGACUCCACAAACGCAGAUGCCCUUUAUGUCCGAGGUCUUUGCCUUUACUAUGAAGACUGUAUCGAGAAGGCCGUGCAGUUCUUCAUCCAGGCACUUAGGAUGGCCCCUGAUCACGAGAAAGCAUGUCUCGCCUGCCGAAAUGCCAAAGCACUUAAAGCAAAGAAAGAAGACGGAAAUAAAGCAUUUAAAGAAGGCAAUUACAAACUAGCAUAUGAACUGUACACAGAGGCACUGGGGAUAGACCCAAAUAACAUAAAAACAAAUGCCAAACUCUACUGUAACCGGGGGACGGUUAAUUCAAAGCUUAGGAAACUAGAAGAUGCAAUAGACGACUGCACAAAUGCAAUAAAACUGGAUGACACGUACAUCAAAGCAUACCUGAGGAGAGCACAGUGUUACAUGGACACAGAACAAUACGAAGAUGCUGUGAGGGAUUAUGAAAAGGUUUACCAGACAGAGAAAACGAAAGAGCACAAGCAAUUCCUAAAGAAUGCACAGGUGGAACUGAAAAAGAGCAAAAGGAAAGACUACUAUAAAAUCCUCGGGGUGGACAAAAAUGCCUCCGAAGACGAGAUCAAGAAGGCCUACAGGAAACGGGCACUCAUGCACCACCCAGACCGGCACAGUGGGGCGAGCGCAGAAAUACAGAAAGAAGAGGAGAAGAAGUUUAAAGAAGUCGGAGAAGCCUUCACCAUCCUGUCGGAUCCCAAGAAGAAGGCUCGCUACGACAGUGGGCAGGAUCUGGAGGAGGAUGGCAUGAACAUGGCAGAUUUUGAUGCUAACAAUAUCUUCAAGGCUUUCUUUGGUGGGCCAGGUGGCUUCAGUUUUGAAGCUUCUGGGCCAGGAAAUUUCUUUUUCCAGUUUGGCUAAACUAAAAACAUACAAACCACAUAGACCCACCUGAAAUGCUCGUUUUAACCUUGAAUACGGACAUAAUUAGACUCCUGCCUUCAUCAUGUCUCAUUGUACUUAGAGCAGUUUCAUUUUCUCAGUUGGAGACCUCUCUGUUGUGUGCUUUGUGUGAGAAGAGGAAACCAGUGCUGAAGAGAGGGGGGCGGGGAAGGCUUGUGAAUUUUGUUUUACUGUUAACUUUAUUAAAAAAAAAUAAAAUGUUUUGAAUCUUUUGGUCCCUC